AUGUUCUCCAAGCCAUUCGCCCUGCUCGCAGCAGCCCUGCUCGCAGUCACCAACACCUCCGCCCACCCCGUGGACCAAUCGAUCGAUGCAAGCUACAGUGGUGUCGGCUGCGACAACAUCAUGCUCGCCCAGGACGAGACCGACACCGCGACCCAGAACCUCGAGUUCUACGGCCAAGGCAAAACAGUUUCGUUCUUCUCGUACGACGGAGACACCGUCGCCUUCUACUGCCAGUGGCGCACGGCGCCGAAGCUGGAUGGCGCUUCGGCUGUGCAUGCUUACCAGAUGAUCACGGAUCAGUGCGGUCUGUACGGGGCUGGCUCUUACUCCGAUAAGUCCAUGGAGGACAGGACCUACUCGUACGGUUACACGAACUGGCGCACGAUGGAUUAUUGCAAUGUUCCGGCGGGCACUCGUAUUACCAACCCGGAUCAGACCUACAGCGCGUAA